AUGACAAUACCGACAAUUCCCGGAAGCUCUGGCUAUUUGGACAUCCACCCUGAAAGAAAAAUUUCUAUGUUCAAGAACCCUUACAUUUUAGGACUCACUUAUGUAGCUAGCAUUGGUGGAUUGCUUUUCGGCUACGACACUGGUGUUAUAUCAGGAGCUCUUCUCUAUAUUAAAGAUGAUUUUCCCGCCGUUGGACAAAGUCAUUUUCUUCAGGAAACAAUCGUCAGCAUGGCAGUGGCUGGUGCAAUUCUUGGAGCAGCAAUAGGUGGUUGGAUUAAUGACACUUAUGGAAGAAAAAAGGCAACCAUCAUUGCAGAUGUUUUCUUCGUUGUUGGAGCAAUUGUCAUGGCUGCUGCACCAGAUCCUUAUAUUCUCAUAAUUGGCCGUGUUUUCGUUGGUUUUGGUGUUGGUGUUGCUUCAGUUACUGCUCCUGUUUAUAUUGCAGAAUUGUCACCAUCCGAAAUAAGGGGAGCACUAGUUACCACAAAUGUGCUUAUGAUAACUGGUGGAGUGUUUGUUUCUUAUCUAGUAAAUCUUGGUUUUGCAAAUGUCCCCGGGACAUGGCGAUGGAUGCUGGGAGUAUCAGGUGUGCCAGCAGCAGCUCAGUUUUUUCUCAUGCUCUUGCUGCCUGAAUCUCCCAGAUGGCUCUUCAUAAAUCGUAGAGAAAAUGACGCCAUUAUUGUGCUUGGUAAGAUAUACGGCUCCGAUCGUUUAGAGGAUGAAGUUGUUUUGCUUACAGCUCAGUCUGAACGAGACCGCCGAAAAAGAGAUGAUGUCACAGUCCUGCAUGUUUUUAAAUCAAAAGAGAUCAGACUUGCAUUCCUUGCUGGUGCUGGACUACAGGCUUUUCAGCAAUUUAUAGGUAUAAACACAGUGAUGUACUACAGUCCAACAAUUGUCCAAAUGGCUGGCUUUCACUCUAACGAGUUGGCUCUUCAACUCUCUCUCAUAGUUGCCGGCUUGAAUGCUGCUGGAACCGUUCUUGGCAUUUACCUUAUUGAUCAUGCAGGGCGGAAAAAAUUGGCCUUAUAUAGCUUAGGAGGAAUAAUAGCAUCGCUGAUAAUUUUAUCCGUCUCAUUUUUGAACCAGUCCUCUGCGACUACUAGAAAUCAAAAUGAUUUCUAUGGAUGGCUUGCAGUUUCUGGUUUGGCUUUAUAUAUGGCUUUCUUCUCGCCCGGGAUGGGACCUGUGCCGUGGACAGUAAACUCUGAAAUAUAUCCACAAGAGUACCGAGGAAUGUGCGGAGGCAUGUCAGCUACUGUGAAUUGGGUUUCAAAUUUGAUUGUGGUACAAUCAUUUCUUUCUAUUGCAGAUGCUGCCGGGACUGGUCCUACUUUCUUGCUUCUCGCAGUUAUAGCCGUGGUUGCAUUUCUGUUUGUGGUUUUGUUUGUUCCAGAAACCAAAGGAUUGACAUUUGAUGAAGUGGAACUGUUGUGGAGGGAGAGAGCAUGGGGUAUUGAAGUAGGUGGAUGGUGA